CCGGAUGUUGGCUCGGCUGCCGAGAGAAAGGCGAACGGGAGAAGGCGGAGAAGCCGAGUAGAGGGACGGCGCGGCACUGUAGGCACACCGGGCGAAGAUCUCUGCACAGAGGACAACAACUGUCAGGAGCACUGGGCUCUCCUGAGCUGGCGGGGAAGGACACUCUGUGUGUACAAGAGGUGGUGGACGGAGCGGGGAGACAGCUGCUGAUAAACUACCGUGAGGAUUACCAGAGAGAGCUGCCGUCUCUGCUGCUUUCAUCCUGAGGACGAACAGAAGACGCUAUGCUGACAUCCUAAGCUGUCCUCACUUCAUCUCUCUUCCUAGUCAUUUCCAACACUUGGACUGUUUUCACCAACGUUAACCACUUCCUCCGGCUUUUUUUUUUUUUUAAUAUACCCCCGUUCCCUCCUGCCCGGCCUGCCGUCAACAUGACGUCGGAGCUGGAGAGCAGCCUGACCUCCAUGGACUGGCUCCCUCAGCUGACCAUGCAGGCGGCCAUCCGCAAGACGGACGCCCAGAAUGCCCACGGGCCCGGCAUGGGCAAGAAGAGCACCUUACUGGAUCACACCACCACGCUGGAUCAGGAGGAGGUGCAGCAGCACAAGGACGGCAAGCCUCCGUACAGCUAUGCCAGCCUCAUCACAUUCGCCAUCAACAGCUCGCCAAAGAAGAAGAUGACGCUGAGCGAGAUCUACCAGUGGAUCUGUGAUAACUUCCCCUACUACAGGGAGGCAGGCAGCGGCUGGAAGAACUCAAUACGGCACAAUCUGUCGCUAAACAAAUGUUUUCUCAAAGUGCCUCGCUCCAAAGAUGACCCUGGAAAGGGCUCCUACUGGGCUAUUGACACCAACCCAAAGGAGGACGCUUUGCCGACUCGGCCAAAGAAGAGGCCACGGUCUGGAGAGCGGGCUUCCACACCAUACAGCCUGGAUUCAGAGUCUUUGGGGAUGGACUGUAUGAUCUCUGGAAGUGCCUCUCCAACGCUGGCAAUCAACACUGUGACUAACAAGGUGGCGUUGUACAACACAGACCAGGAAGGUAGCGAUAGUCCGAGAAGCAGCCUUAACAACAGCCUGUCUGAUCAGAGUCUAGCCUCUGUCAAUCUCAACAGUGUGGGCAGCGUUCACAGCUACACACCGGUGACCAGUCAUCCGGAGCCCGUGUCCCAGUCGAUGAGCCUGCAGCAGCCCCCCCAGUCCCAGUACAGCAUGCCAGACAGGGAAAAGCAGCUCCCGUUCUCAGACUUCGAAGAUCUCAGUGCCUCCUUCCGCAGCCUUUACAAGUCUGUUUUUGAGCAGUCCUUCAGCCAACAAGGUCUGAUGGGCAUGCCGUCGGAUAACUCCCAGCAGACCCACACCUCCUGCUCCUAUCAGCACUCCCCCAGUGGCACCAUCAACACUCAGAACAGCCUGUCAAACAACCAGCCCAACAACCACCACAACAACCACCCCGCCAACAGCGGCCAGGUUCCCCUGUCCCACCCGGCCCAGGCCCACCCCGGCCACGGAUCGCCCCACGCCCAACACCUCUCGCAGCACAACCAACACGGCCAGCACCCGCAGCACGCCACGCACUCCCAGCACGGCCAGCACCCGACCCACGGCCAGCACCCGCAGCAGCAGCACACGGCGCACACGCAGCACAACCAGCACAACCAGCACCCCUCCCAACACGGACAGCAGCACCAGAGCCUCUCCCACCCGCAACAGAUGGCCUGCAACACAGGUUUACGGUCUGAGUGGUACCCGAAUCUGGAUGCCCUGAAAGAAAGCUGUCGUAUCGCCAGCAGCUACAACUGGGCUGAUGUCGACCUUUCUCCUUUCCAAGGUUUAAGAGAAAGCAUGAGACAGGCUGAGCUGAACAAUUGGUGCCUUGAACCCACUCAGAUUGCGGACCUCUGCUCGUCCAUCAACCAGUUCUUUGCUCGUACCGGUGUCAUUCAGCAGCAGGGGGCGGUACAGAGUCCUGUGUGUCACGGCGCCAUGCACACCAACAAACCCGGCCAGCACCUCAACACAGGAAACCUCUACAUGGACACAAGACAGAGUAUGCCCCCCAUGAUGGGUCCCCCCGGAUACCCCCACAUGCCCCCCAUGAGCAACACGGGACCCACAAUGACAGGACACCAUGCACAGAUGAACCAGCAGCACAUGAUACCUUCCAGGACCUUCCAGAUGCAUCGCAUGCAAGCCGACGACAUCCAGGACGAUUUCGACUGGGACUCCAUCGUCUAGACGCUCCACUUCCCCGUUAAAGCAAGUCCAAGCCGAUGGAGGAGGAGGGGGGGCGAAACCCGGAGGAGGCCAGGCUGAGCCGACGAGGCCGCAGGUUGUGUGAUGCAGAGGAACGUUUGACACGGUGAAAAACCCCACAGACUUCAGAGUCCUGACAAUUGUCCACACGGCGAACCAUAACCAGAAAAUGUUACUUUGAAGACAAUCAUGUUUAGUCAGACCUGUUCUCGUCUGGAGACGAGUGGAGCUCAGUAACAGUGAACCUCCUCAGCCAGCCCCCUCCUCUUACCCAGAACAUCCUCUUCCUGCCACACCCCCCCACCCGCCCCCUGACCCCUCUGCUCCUUAACUGUCAUGUGAUUUGAGCGACGUGUUCAGCUUGUAAUUCUUCUCGUGUCGACAUAGGCCUCAGCUGCCUCUAAGAUGAAGUUCUCUCUCUCCAACUUUCUCUCCCCUCUGUUUAUUUUUUUGUGUUUAUGAUAUUUUACUUCAUAAACACAUUUCAUUCAUGUUUCUUUGUUUUUAUUUUUUUUAAGAAAACACAGGCCGUCUGUCUCUGUGAGUAACGUGAUGGUGCUCGUUGGUCGCUUCUGGGGAAAACAGGUUUACAAAUGUUUAAAAUCUGAACAGGGUGUUUUGUUUUGUUUUGUUUUGUUUGUUUUUAUCCCCACUGGUUUGAUUUUAUUUUAUUUGUUUUAAAACCAGGAGUUGAGCCGGAGAGGGAUCCCACAGGGUGCUGUGUCCGGCUCUCUGUGUGUCAUGGGAGAACAGAGACUCUCAUCGUUCGCUCUUAAACACUUAAAGAUGAAUGAAUUUUGAUAUCGAGAAGAUAAAACCAGGAGUGUGAAAACAGAUCUUUAAAUUGAAUCUGCAUCUUGUGAAGUUUAGAGUUGUUUAGAUUCGUAAGAGAAACUGUAGCACCUUUAGAAAUUCAACAAAACUCAAACUGUUUUAGUCUCUAUUGUUCACUAAAUAAGAUGCUACCACUCAAAAACCAUUAGAUAAUCUGUAAGAAUUAUGAUUCGUCUGAGUUAGGUUUUAUUUGGAUGAAGAUUCAAGAAUUUUUUUACUGUCAUACCAUUUCUACUUGUUUGUGGUAGGAAAUAUGGACUCAGGUCACAGAUUAAGAAAUUUAAUACAUAAGUAGAUUAAUAAUAAAGAUCAGUCUGAACCUCCAUUAAAAUCUGUUAUUCAGCCACAGAAACGUCUGAAACUUCACCUCAGAUCCCAAAUAAUAAAUAUAUUAAUACUAGACCAACAUCUGCAAGAAAACAUAAAGAGAGAAAAAAUGAUUAAACUAACGUUUCAUUCAGGGAAAACAUACUUCAGUGAGAUUUUAUUUAAUGAUCAAUAGGGCACUACCUGAUUAAUCAUGACUCAAUUAUUGAAAUAAUUAACUAAUUUAGUAAUCGAUUGUUAGUAAUCGAUUGAUCAUUAACUCGAGUAUACAGACGGCAAAGCAGUAAUUAAGCCAAAACUGUGUUAAAAAUACACACAUUUUGCAUUUAAGAUAAAAAAAUAUUAUUUUCUGUAAAUAUAGUCUCCAUAAGUGGUAGAUUUAGCUUAAUCUGGUUCAAAUUAUGUAAAAACUCAGAUUAAGCACCAAUUAUUAAGCGGUUCAUCCAGAAAUAGUCAGCAGAUGUUGAGGGAAAGGGCUGAGCUUUUCACAUGCUCUCAUUAAAAAUAUUAAACUUCAGAUUCAUCCUUUGAUACAAAUGAUUCGUUAAUGAUGCUAUUAUUGCUUUUUAAGCAAUAAAAAUUUAAUAUAUUCUAAUUUAAAAAAGGAAUUGCAUUCUUUAUUUGCAUCUUUUUAUGCUUAGGUCAAAGAUCUGCAGAAUAUGGCCAUUUUUUUUUCAGAUUUGUUCAAUAGAACAAUUGAUUAUUGAAAUAAUCAGCCCAAAUGAUCAAUAGUAAAGUAUCUGUUUGUGAACAUUAGAGACAUUUUGAUGCUCCCUGCAGAGUCUGAUGUGAUCAGGACAGGAUAAAAUUCACAUGUCGGUGGAACAGAUGAGGCGUUUGUGGGAGUUUGUUGUUGUUGUUGUUUUUUUAUAUAUUGUAAUUUUAGGGCUCCGAUUGUUGGCUGCACUCACCUCGGCUCUGUGUGAGCAUGAAGCACACGGUGAAGGAGGCGCAGGCGGCUCACGCAGGCAGACCCAGGAGGUUUUCUCAAGCACAGAGCAGUGGAGCGACCCGAAGGUUCUCCAGAACCGGCUCCGCGGUCAGACCGCUGCUGGCCUAAAGAGACACUAUGGUUAGAGGAGGAUGAGCCCUUUGCACAUGAGUACCUUUUGUUUACUUGGCUUCCAGAUGCAAAGCCGAUCCCGUUUUAUCCCGCGACUCGCUGCCGUCCUGCAGCGGCCGCUCUGAUUGGCCGCUUUCCUGCACUGCAUCGGGUUUUACCGUUCUGGUGCUCUCCAGCUGCAACACUGUGUCUCUGUUUGAAGGAGUAGCAUGAUGUUUCUGGGAUUAUAUUCAGGCUUUUUAAUCUGGGAGUUGAGAAAUUAACAAAUCGGUUUAGCAUAAAGACUGAAAACUGUUGUCCAGAUUAGAGGUGCACCAAUUUAUCAGAGCCGAUUCCACAGUACUUACCAACCAACUCUUCCACUUUCUUCCUCUAUUCAGCAACAUUUCAUACAAAAUAAAUCGGUAUCGGCAGUUCAGGCUUUUUAAAGAUCGGCAAUCUACGAUCGGCCUAAAAACUGCAAUCGGUGCGCCCCUACUCUAAAUAAACCUGCAAGAUUUAAUCUGAUUAGGUUUAUUCUCGGUUUAAAGGACUGAGAAUAAAUAAAUAAAACAAACCUGGUUCAUGUUUGGUGAUAAAUCAAAUUUUACAAAGUGAAGGGGAUUAUUUUCAUAUCGGAUUUUAAUAAAUAGCACAUGCAAACGUUUACCUCAACCUGCACUGAGCAGACUUUUCCUGACAGAUUCUGAUUUUAAUCAUGUUAAAGAACUAGAGCACAUAGAGUAGAAAACAUUACCUGCAGGUUGUCACAAUUAAAAAUUUUACUGGACGAUAAAUUGUCCCAGAAGUUAUUGUAAUAAACGAUAAUAUUGUUUUGAGACCAUUUUCAAUUAGUAUAAUGUCAUAAUAAUAAUAAUGAAAUAACAGAUUUUCAAAGAUCAAUAAACUUUAAAUUCUAAUAAAUAUUUUACACUGGAAAUGGAAAACAUUGUAAAUCAAGUCAAAUUGUAUUUAUAUAGCACAUUUUCAGCAGCAAGGCAUUUCAAAGUGCUUUACAUCAUUACAAACACAGAAACACAAAGCAACAUAGAAUCAACAAUCAAAACACGACAUUAAGUCAAAUUCCAUCAAUAAAUUUGUAAUUGAUUAUAAAUAAACAAAACAACAAAUUAAAUGAUUUAUAAAUUAAACAAAACAAAAGUUUAGUUUAGUCUAAACAAAACUGUGCUUCAUAAAAAGCUUCAGCUGAGACCAAAACACCAGACUGAAGACUUUUAUCGUCCAGUGUGAGAAAGAACAAAUCAUGCAAAUACAAGUUAUUGAUUUUUUUUUUAAUUGAUUAUGCGAUUAAUUGAUUUAUUGUGACAGACCUGCCUGCGGGUUCCUGUGUUUGAAUCCUACAGAAAAUAAAUCGAUCAUUUGCAUUUAUGAGAGUUAGUUUGGUUUGUAUCUAAAGUCCUUAAAAGUUCUUGAUAUUCAAACUGCGUAGUUUUGUAAUAAAGUCCAAUCUAACGUUUAGCUGAAAACCUAAAUUUGGAAAGCAUUAUUUACAGCUGAAACCAGAUACCUAAUAAAAACAAUUUUUUUCCUCACAGUCUGAAUUUAAAUCAGAUCCAACUUUUCUUAUUUUUAGAUCAGUUAAAAUUUCAUAAUUUAUUUUAACAUUUUGCAAUAUUUUAGCUGCAGAAUAUCAAAUGCUACCACAAAACUUAAUUAACAGCAGUAAUAAAUUAUAUCACAUAGCAGAGGAUUGAACCUUUUUUAGUUUAUUUGUAUUUUAUGUCCAGGAAAAUUUUAAAACAUUUGAAAAGUGAAUUUUUAGUUUGGUAAAAUGUACGAACCCUGAUUUAUGCAUGAAUUUGUUUAUGAUUAAUAUUAAUCUAAAAAGUGCAGGUACAAACCGAAUAUUUAAUAUUUUGAUAAAGUCGAUCGGUAUCGAUCUCUGGCUGGUUGAUCGGUGCGUCUCCUGGUUUCCUCUCAGUAAAUUAAUUUGUCACUAAACCUAAAUUUAUUUAGCUUUUAAAUCCAUUAAAUUGUUUUAAUGUCUGGAGCUUAAGCACAAUAUUUUUACCCUCGGUUUGUUUCCAGUCUUUAUUCUAACCAAACAUCAGAUCACGUUAACCUGAACUAGUUUGUUUUAUUUUAUUUAACGGGGUUUUGCCUCCUGCUGUUGCUGUGCUGUUUGACUUCGUAUUAAAAUGACAAUCAUUGAUUUUUCUCAUUUUUAAAAUAUCACAAUAUGUUGAGAAAAUGAGGCACUUUGAGAUCGAACAGUUUAUUUUAUUGUUUUAGUUCAGUUGAACAUUACAGAACCAAAUUAUGUAGAUUUUUCUUUUUUUUGCCUGGUUUAUACUGUGGAUCGUAGAUCUUGAACACCCAGAAGCUGCACUGUGCAGAAGAAAAUCAAAGUUCUCUGAUUUAAGCUUAUAAAACUGCCAUUUCUUAACGCAUUCUCUCUGUUUUUAACCUGCCAGUCUCGUGUGUUCGCCUCUGCUCCUCUCUCGCUCAUGUUUUGUGUUUCUAUCAAACUAAUUUCUCGGAACCGAGUCGCGAAUCUUCUGGGAGGUCGGCACGGGGUCACGGCGACGCCUUUCAGCUCUUCCGGGCGAAGACUGAGGAAACGGACUUUUGCACGAACUCACCCGCUGACGGGAGACGAUUGGAUGAAAGGGGAAAGAAAAAACAAAAAAAGGGAAAAGGUGAAGAAACGACUGGAUCCCAGUUUUUACAUUUUGUCCGUUUGUGUGCGUUCUUGUGGAAGUUUUUACUUUUCAUCUUCCUGUUUUGUUUUUUUAAAUACAGCUGGACAUGUACCUGCCAGAGAGAUUAUUAUUAUUAUUAUUGUUAUUAUUAUUAUUAUUGGGGAGAAAAAAACAAUAAAAAAAUAAUAAACCUUGUUACAACAUUGGAGAGAACUGCCAACAUCUACUGCUGAUUGGGGCCUGUUUUAUUCAGUGCUGGUGUGUUGUUGUGCUUGUACAGAAUGUGUCUUUUCAAUCAUCCCCUGUUUUCUCCUGGGGGGGGGAUUCAUAAGAGAGAGGCGGGAAAAGAAUAUUUUGUUAUUGUCCUAUCAGAGGGUGACAGUAUGUAUAUAUCUAUAUUGUAUAUAUGUGAUGAAAACGCGUUGGCUUUUUGUGUGACACUACCUUUUACCUGUACUUAUGGUUCUACAUUCAGUGUUUUCAGUGUUGAAAGUAUAUAUUUGGUUUGUGUUUUUAUUUUGUAGUUUUUGUUUUUAUUUCGUCUUUGUCAUUUCUUUUCCUUUUGUUUUUUUUUUUGUCUCCCUGUUUGUUUGUUUACUGCACGGUUUAUUACUUUUGUUGUCCGAUGAGGUGACACAGCUACUCUUUGUAUUUGUUUAGUGCUGUAAAAUAACUCAAGUGUUAUUAGAAAAUUGUCGAUACCAACGCCCGACCCGACCCAUCCUCCCCUUCCCCCAAUAUGCAUGAAUGGCACUUAAAGAAAUAAAAUAUGGUAACUCCA